AUGGACAUCAAGCGAAGAGAGGAGCUUACCACUGUUCUCGAUGCGAACGGCGGCACCGCGGUCGACCUUGACCAGGCGACGCACGUUAUCACAAAUUCGGCGCAUUUCGAAGGAUGGCAGAGCGUCGCGGACGAGGUCGCAGUCGUGACUGACUACUGGGUUGAUCGAUCGUUAAUACUAGGAAAGAAACAACCGACACAAUACUACUCCCCAGAUCCCGCCAUGAUAUUCUCGGGAGUCGUGGCAUGCUCCGCAGACCUGGGCGACGCAGACUGCGAAGUCCUCGCCGCAGGCAUCACCGCCCUCGGCGGGCAAUGGCGCGCAGGCCUCACGCGCGACGUGACGCACCUGUUCGCGCUCACUCCCGACUCGGCGCGGUACGAGACCGCGAUGCACCAUCAGGCGCUCACGCGGAUGAAGGUGCUGCUGCCUCACUGGUUCGAUGACGCGGUGAAGCUCGGGUACGGGGCGCUGCCGACGGGGGAGUACGAGUGGCCCAACCCGGCGCUGCUCAGGAGGGAGGGGGAGGUGCGGAAGGGGAAGGUGAGCGGGGAGAAGAAGGCGCUGUAUGAGAGUGCGCUGGGCGGGGAGGAGAGGAUGGGCGAGGAAAGGGAUGUGUGGUGCGGGCGGAGGGUGUUGUUGGGUGCGAGUCUGGAGCUGAGGGACGGCCGGCGGGAGGCGGUGGAGGCGGGGAUACGGAGGGCGGGGGGAGUGGUUGUGGAGCUCGAGAUGAACGACGGCAAUGGGGACGAGCGGGAGGAGGCGGUGAAGAUCGAGGAGGCCGACGUGUUUAUUACAAAGUACCGCGCUGGUGCAGCUUAUUUCAAGGCGCUGAAAUGGGGAAAGACGAUCGGGACGCUCUCCUGGCUUUUCCACGUAGAGUCCACAGGAGCCUUGAGCGCACCUUCCGAUCAGCUCUUGCAUUUCCCCAUACCGAAGACGCCCAUUCCCGGGUUCGACCACCAUGUGAUUACAAUAACGAACUAUACAGGCGAAGCGAGGGAUUAUAUUCGCAAGCUGAUUACUACUAUGGGCGCGACGUUUACCCCGUCGAUGUCCAGUGGGAAUACGGUCGUCAUAGCGGCAUACAUCGGUGGCACCAAGACCUCCAAGGCGCACAGUUGGAACAUCCCAAUCGUGAACCACACCUGGCUCGAGGACUGCUUCGUGCAGUGGCGGGACCUCACCGUGGGCCUGGAGAAGUACAUCUCCUUCCCUCCGGGCGUGGACUUUUCUACCGUGCUAGGUGAGAAGGGUAUUGGGCGGGCGGUGCUGGACAAGGAGCUGGAACGGGCGCUGGCUUGGGAGGAAGGGGCCGAAGAGGAAGCGGAGGAGAGGAAGAAGGGGGAGGGCGAGGUGCAACCGCCGACGAGCACUGCGGCGAGCGCGAAGGAGAUGGCGGAGGUCGAGAAUGCGAUUUCGGUGGACGAGCCGGCGGGGGACAUGGAUGUUGACGAGGAGUAUGAUCCUGACAUCCCUGCUGCCGAUGAGGAAGUUUCAGCCAAUGCCAGCCUGAAGAAGCCCAAGCCUCCGAAGAAGCCGACGAGUGGUAGAAAGCCGCUUGGAGUCUCGUUCGCUGGGGAUCACGACGAUGUGGGGAUGCAAGAUUCCCCGAGCAGGUCGCGUCGUUCAAAGGGCAACGAGGAGGGUGGGGUGGAGGUCUCGCCGAGGCGGUCAAGUCGACUGAGCGGCAUUAUUGCAAAUCCUGCGAAAAAGCCUACCAGUACUAGCAAGCCGCAGCAGCCGCAGCGUGACUCUGAGUCCGAGGUAGAGAUUGUGGAAGAGGCGCCGGAGCCGAAGCGCGGGUUGGUGAGGAGGGCUACGAAGCCGGUCGUGGAGAUCCUCACCCCGUCCAAGGCGAAGGUGAAGGGUAAGGGGACGCACCCGCCCCCUACUGGAUCCGACGAAGAUACUGAUCCGCUCGGUCCUUCGACAAGCAGGACUCGGGCUGGCGAUGCCAGUGCAAAGGCGAAGAUCGCGAGGCCUAUGGACACUGACAGUGAUGACGACUUGCCGCCACCGAGUGCGCUGGUGGCGAGGAAUGCACCGAACUCGGGGAGAUCGAACGGCGGGCGUACCUCGCCUUUGACCCCCGCACCGUCGUCCCCGGCUAAGGCAAAAGGAACGCCGCGGAAGACGGUGUCUGUGGAGAUCCCUGUUCCGGCUGCGCAGGCGUCACCCAAGCGAGGGCGGGGAAGGCCGCGGAAGAGCGACUCUGUACGCAAAGAGGCGAAGGAGGGCUCGUCGUCGCGGCAUUCGUCACCGUCGCCUGCGCCUCCUAGACGCGUCGUCACUGGCCCGCGGGCGGAGGGCGUCGGGGUGCCGGAGUUCGAGACUCCGUCUGCGAAUAUCACACGGACGGGAUCGAAGAGGAGUGCGGCUACUAGAGCGACGCAGCAGUUGCGGGAGGUGGUGAUGCCGGAUGUGGUGAAUUUUGAGAAGGAGAUGAAGCGGGGGAACGUCAAACCUGCUUGGGAGGAGAAGGGGAAGGAGAAGGGGGAGAAGGAGAAGGGGGAGACGUCAGUCAGGAAGAGACCGUCGAUCGCUACCGCUGGGGACGAUGAGGACGUGCAGAGGAAGAAGCCCAGGAUGAGUGAUGAGAACGAGACGCCCGGUGUUGAUUUAGCAGAGCCAGAUGAGGAAGAAGAUCAGGUCCCCAAUGCUACCGCUCGUAAGACCUCGGGGAAGGGUAAGAAGAGGGCUAGUAAUGCGGCGUCAGAGACUGGCAGCACUGCUCGGGGAGCCAUCCACGAUCAUACUCGUAAAAAGAUCCGGUUGAUCACCAGUGGGAUUACGCUUAGCGAUGACAUUCUCAAGGCCCUGAAGAAGCUUGGAGUGGAAAAAACGGAUAAGCCGGUGUCUUGCACGCAUCUCAUCAUGCAAAGUGUUACGCGCACUGAAAAGCUGCUCUGCGCUAUACCCCGAGCGCCAUUCGUCCUGACCCCCGAUUGGGCGACAGAUUCAGUGGAGGCUGGUAGAUUACUUCCGGAGGAUAAUUACGCCUUGGUUGACGAGGAAAAUGAGAAGAGGUUCGACUUCAAGCUCAGUGAAGCUCUCGACCGCGCGAAGAGAAACCAUGGGAGAUUGUUCUCUUUUAUGACAUUCUAUGUGACCAAGAGCAUACCGCGAGGCUUCGAGGUCUGCAAGGACAUCAUAGAGGCCAACAGUGGUAAGGCUGAGUUCAAAACACCGUCCGCGAGAGCCAUGAACGCUCAGCAGUACCGCUAUAUCAUCUCUUGUGAGGAGGACAAGAGUAUAUGGGCCCCCCUGGCACGUGAAGGGAUCCCUAUCUACACGAGGGACUGGCUGCUACAUUGUGCGCUGACGCAGACAUUCGAAACAGAGGAUACGCCGCACAAGCUGAAACUGCCGUCGAAGGAUGCAUGA